AUGGCCGACGCCGACACCGACGCCGACGUUGUCGAGUCAUUCAAGAGCAGCAUCGGGACCAGUCUCCAGAGCCCCUACGCUGAAGUUCACGUGUUGUUGAUAGCUUGGUCCCAGAAUGAUCUUGGCGGCGCAGAAGAUGAAAACCGGGACCUCCGAGCCGUCUUCGAAAAGGACUACAACUACACGACGGUCUCGUUCUUUCCCAUCCCCGUCGACGGCUCACAGCGCCGACGUCUCAACUCGGAAAUAUCCACGUUUGUCGAGAAUCAGUCUCGCCGGCGGGACUCUCUCGUCAUUGUCUACUACGCCGGAAACUGUAGCGCCAAUAAACAAGGAUUGGCCGAGGGGGAUGUGCUCCUGGUCCUGGACUGCUGCAAUGCGUCUCUUAUUACCCGGGGCUCCAAAGACGAUGGAGGCCGGUUCGAGCUCAUCGCCGCAUCGGCAAAGGGGGCCAAGACUCCAGUGCCAGGACGCAAGUCCUUCACGAGGGCCUUGAUCAGAUUACUGGGACAACAUGCUGAGAAGGGUAUAUCGUCUGAGAGCCUGGCCUCCAAGCUGAGAGAGGACGAGAAGAUCACAGAAACACCGGUAUUCCAUGACUUUGUCCGACAAUAUUCGACACGGAUCCGACUGCAGCGCCUGCAAGAUCCAGACUCUCAGUCAGGCGGUUUCAUCCAGAAGUCAGUUGGCUAUCUCCUUUUCAAGGCGUCGCUCUCAGAGGACGUGACUGGCCUGCAGGUCGCCAGCUGGCUCAAGACGGCCCCUCCCGAAAAUGUCACGGCUGUUAGCAUCGAGGCCGUCGUGAGCCGUGCCCGAAGGAUGCAGAGCGCUCUAAGAGACGGGGCUUUCCCCCCGGGCUCCAUGUUUGAGCGGCUCAGCGCGCCCGCCAGGGCCGAGAUCUUGCGUUGCCUGCGCGGCUUGAACACGGUCAUGGCCAGUUCGGCCGAGCACGCGUCUAUUGCCGCAGCAGCGGUCGGCAGUUUCGAGAAAGAGCCCAUCGAGUCGUCUCUUGGGGAGAUCCAGGACGUCGUGUCCACCGUGUGCGCGGCUGUCGAGACACCGCUGUUGCUCGACGUCAGGGACGUCGGCGGAGCCCUAUCGCAUGACUCCCAAGAGCCCAGCGGCCUUGGCAGUGGCGACAGCUUCUACGAACUCCUGGCUGCGGCGGACGUGGACGCAGCACUUACUCUCCGCCAGGCCGUCCUUAGCGACGGCCCCUGCCGCUAUAGCUCCGAGAUAAGCCGUGAUAAGAUUGUAUUUUCCUCGCCUACGAGUCGGGGCGAUGGCACCAGCAGCGGCCAGCCAUAUCACCGACGCAUCAAGUUCGGCGCCAUGGACAGCCGCCCCGUAAUCAUGGAAAUCUACAAGUACAAAGAGGCGCCGGACCACAGCGGCGAGCCGUACCCCCAGACGCUGCAGCAGGUCCGCAGGAUGACGGGGUUACUGUGUCAUCCCAAGGGCAAGGGGUUCCAUAUCCUGCCCUGUGCCGGUUUCUUCCGCGACCGUCUCCGACAGGAGCUGGGGCUGGUGUUCGAGGCGCCGCUGACGUUCCAGCCCGAGGGCAGCAAUAGCCACGACUUUGCGACUCUCGCCGAGCUGUACAAGAUACACAAGCUCGUGCCCCUCGGGCACCGCAUCCACCUUGCCUGGGCGCUGGCCGUAGCCGUGGAGCAUUUCCACCGCGUGGGCUGGGUGCACAAGAGCAUCCGGAGCGGCAUCGUGGCGUUUAUGGCAGCGGGACCAGAAGCGGCCUCAUCGUCAUCAUCAUUGUCGUCGUCAUCAUCAUCGCCAUCGCCAUCGCCAUCGUCAUCACCAGCUUCGGAGCCAAACGGCGACGACGACCACGGAGGUGCCGUUCCAGGGCCCCACGGCCAGCAACUCGUUCCUCUGGUCGGCCGCUUCGACCUCGGCCGGCCAAACCUCUUCGGUUUCGAGUAUUCGCGCGCCGGCGACAUGACGACGUACCUGGACGAGGACCACUCGCUGCCCAACAGCCUAUACCGGCACCCGGGCCGCUGGGGCCGGCCCGCUGCGCGGUUUGACAAGAGCCACGACGCGUACGCGCUCGGCGUCGUCAUGCUCGAGAUUGCCCUCUGGAAGGACAUCCGCUCCGCCGCUCCGCCGUACCUGGAUAGGCUGGGCGGGCGCGUCGUGGCCGCCGAGGUGGCUAGCGUACUGGGGGAAAUAUGCGCCAGGACGCUCCCGCACCAGGUCGGCGCCGUGUUCACCCAGUGCAUUCGGACAAAGGGUAUGAGCGAGUACGAGGCCCAGGUCUAUUUCCACCGCCAUGUCACGGGGCCAUUGGGGAAGGCGGUGCGCAGGGUUUGA